ACUCUAAAGCCCUGAGACCCCGUAAAACCACAUAACCACUCCAAGUCUAAGCUAACAACAUUUCAAAUAAUACAUAAACGAAACGCAUCCUCUUUUCACGGAUACGCGCUUUGUUUUGCUUUUUGUUCCUGCGGAACAUUCGGUGUUGCAUGUGAGGAGUCGGUGGAGGGGCCAUGACUUCAGCUUCCCUGCAAUUAAUUAGACCAUGAGGAACCAAAAAGCUCUUCCUGUGUUCAAUUCCUUGAUUUAAUUAGUUAAUUUAUAUCUCAAGUCAAGAACUCUUUUUGGUGUCUGAAAACGACGAUAAAUGGGCAUCCGGGUCGUCUUACAACAGUUUGAAGGAUCAACUGGACGUUUUAAAUGUUAUAUUACAAAAUUUAUUUUUAAUUAACCGAACUCGUUUGUUCAUGAUUAAGCUCCUUUUUUUUUUUAUUGCUGCAAGUACAGGUACAGCCAUGAAUGCCCACAUCCCGCUUGUAUAUAAGCCUCAAUAGUUCAGAGUCUUUGAUCAACAGAAACACGCACAGGAAAGAGAGAAAGAGAGAGACAGAUGGAGUUAAAGUUCACCGAAGAGAAGGCAGCCAGCAAGAGGGAAGGCCAGUUGUCGAGAGGGCGCAGCCAGAAGACUGUACGGUGCAAUCUAGUGGAAGCGAUUGCGCAGGUCCACGGCGGGGGAGUGGUUUCUCGUAGCGGUGAGGAUGGGAUGGUGCGGAUGAAGAUUGUGGUGAAGAAGAAGGAGCUGAAGCAGAUGGUGGCAAUGAUGGGAGGUUCUAAUAACGCUACCAACGGCGUCAAUCAUCAAACACCUUCCAUCUCGUCCUUCUCUUCAUUGUCAUCACUGUUAUCGUCGACAACAUUAGAACAGAGGCUAAAAAUUUUGCGCAGGAGGCAUUUCAAGAAAGCCGAUCAGGAGAAGGGAAGCCGCAGCUCAUGGAGGCCUGUUCUCCAGAGCAUCCCUGAAGAGUAGUUGCUUUGAUUUAAGCUAGAUUUAAUUUGUCCCUGUUUUCUUUCUGUCUAACAUCCUGAUAACCGAUCUUUGUAUAAUUCAGUGCAUUUAUCUUAUUUAAUUCUUAAUUAGAGAAAGCCUCAUACCUGUAGCUGUCUAUUUAGGCUUCUUUGUCACUAAUUUUUUCAGCUUCAAACAAAAUAAUUUAAAGCGAGUGAAGUUGCAGGGCCAUGGCCAUCUGAUGGAAUUCAUCAUUUCAUUUCUUCAGAACCUGUAAAAAAACAUUGUUGAAUCUUCACUCCAAAUACAUAAAUCUUAUUGCCCUAGAAACCAUUGGAUAUUCCUCACUACUUUAUUCUGGUAAAACUAAAAAUUUGCAAAUAGAGAGCCUUAUU